UUUCCUCCUUUUAGCCUCCUAUUAUCAAAUAAUCCAAUUCAUCCAUCUCCUGUAACCAAGCUAUUUCACUCUCUUUUCUGGGUUUGUCGCUUUUCUCUACCUCUUUUUUCUUGACCCGAUCUUUGUCAAAAACCACCUAUUUUGAAGAUUUGUGUUCUUGAUUGUUUAUUUUGACUUCUUUUACCUGCAAAGGUUUCUGACUUUUGUGUUGGCCUGCUGUGUGAGUUUAAUCCAUGGCGGGCUUGGAGAAGCAAUUAUUGUCACAGCCUAUCCAUUUAGCUGACCGAGUAAUCAAAGCUGCUGAUGAAGCCUCCACUUUCAAACAAGAAUGCGCUGAACUCAAAUUCAAGACGGAAAAGCUCGCCUCUUUACUCCGGCGAGCCGCUCGAACCAGCUCCGUCCUGUACGAGCGGCCUGCUCGCCGGAUAAUUUACGAAACAGAGCAAACCCUUGACAAGGCUCUGGCCCUGGUCCAAAAAUGCCUAGCUAAUGACGUCAUGAAACGCGUUUUCACCAUAAUUCCGACAACCGCGUUUCGUAAAAUGUUGUCUCACUUGGAAAAUUCGAUCGGUGACGUGUCUUGGCUUUUGCGUGUAUCGGCGUCGGCUGAUGAUCUUGACGACGAGUAUUUGGGAUUGCCUCCGAUUGCUGCUAACGAGCCAAUUCUUUGUCUUAUAUGGGAACAGAUUGCGAUUCUCUAUACUGGCUCAGUGGAUGAUAGAUCUGAUGCUGCUGCUUCGCUGGUUUCGCUGGCGAGAGACAACGAUCGGUACGGGAAGCUGAUUAUUGAAGAAGGAGGGAUUCCGCCUCUGCUGAAAUUGGUCAAAGAAGGGAACAUGGAAGGCCAAGAGAACGCCGCAAGAGCGAUUGGUCUACUGGGUCGUGACCAGGAAAGCGUCGAAUACAUAAUCCACGCAGGUGUUUGUACUGUGUUUGCGAAAAUGCUUAAACAAGGUCCUAUGAAAGUUCAGGCUGUAGUGGCUUGGGCUGUUUCUGAGCUAGCGGCGAAUUAUCCCAAAUGCCAAGAUCUUUUUGACCAUCAUAAUAUAAUUCGGUUGCUAGUUGGCCAUCUUGUAUUUGAGACAGCUGAAGACGAGCAUGUUCAGAUUACCAUUCCUAUCAAUAAAGCCACAUCAGUCCUUGCAGUUGUAAUGGCAAGAAAUCACUUGAACGCGAGCAAAGCAAUGGAUAAAUAUGAUAAUGAUGAUCAGCAAAAGCGUAACCAACCUUCUGAUACAAGUUCUAAAGAUAGGGAAUUUGAAGAUCCUGAGACCAAGGCUACAAUGAAAGCAAUGGCAGCUAAAGCACUAUCCCAGCUUGCCAAGGGUAACUCCUCUAUAUGCCGUAGCAUCACCCAGUCGAGAGCAUUGAUGUGUUUUGUAGUUCUCUUGGAGAAAGGUACAGAAGAUGUUAAAUACCAUUCAGCCAUGGCUUUGAUGGAGAUCACAGCAGUGGCAGAGCAAGAUACUGAUUUGAGAAGAUCCACAUUCAAACACAAUUCGCCUGCGUGCAAAGCUAUUAUUGAUCAGUUGCUGAAAAUCAUCGAAAGAGCUGAUCAUAACCUCCUUAUACCAUGCAUCGAGACUAUAGGGAACCUGGCCAGGACAUUUCGAGCAACAGAGAGCAGAAUGAUUGCCCCAUUGGUUAAACUUCUAGAUGAGGGAGAAGAUGAGGUGUAUAGGGAAGCUUCAAUUGCUCUCACAAAGUUUGCCUGCACAGAAAACUAUCUCCACCUUGAUCAUUCCAAGGCAAUCAUACAAGCUGGAGGGGAAAAGCACCUAAUCCAGCUUGUCUAUUUUGGCGAGCUUAUAGUUCAACUGUCAGCAUUAUAUCUCCUAUGCUACAUAGCUAUGCAUGUCCCAGACAGCGAGGAGCUCGCACAGGCUGAGGUGCUUACAGUGCUAGAAUGGGCAUCCAAACAAUCGUUUGUGGCUCAAGAUGAAACACUUGAAGCAUUGCUAGAAGACGCCAAAAGCAAAUUGGAGCUUUAUCAAUCCAGAGGUUCAAGGGGAUUCCAUUGAUUUGUAGCAACAUAUAUGGUCUUUUGUUAUGUUCACUGCAUAUAAUUUUCUUGUUUAUUUCUUUCAGCUUUGUCAUUCCAUUUGAAUGUACAUACAAUUAGUUUUCUUCUUUCCAUAUAAUAUAUUUCAAGCAUUCGAGUCGUUUGCUUGGCUGCCGCUUCA